GACACUUCACUCUCACAGUGCCUAGGCCUCUCUCCACCCAGAAGAAUAAAAUAAUGGGUAUCAGCGAUCUGUUAGGCUAAUAUGAGAGAAUGCUGAGGAGCAACUUGUGAUAGACUAGCAUCCCAUGAUUCCCAUCUACGGGGGUGGGAAGGGAGCAAUACAGCUCUAGCUGCUUUAUACUACUGAAAGAAGGGUUGCAAUGUAAACACGGAGAGCUACAAGUAUGAUUGUCAAGCCAUUUGAACUAAAAACUACAAGUGUAAGGCAUUGAUAGUUUUACUCGCAAAAUCUACUUGUACACUGCACAUGUAACUCAAGAAGACAUUAUCGGGGGAUAAAUCCUCCCUCCAUCCAUUGCCCACUCUAAACACUUGAUUUUGGAAAGAGCAGCUUCCUCUGCAGUUUAGACAUCGUUCUCUGUCCCUCAUGGUAAUCCAACUGGGUGUUUGUACUCUCAGUCGCCAUUCCCUCUGGCACAGUGAUGUUACUACUACUUGCUCCGGUUUUGGUUGUAAUACAUGUAAAUGCUUUUUUAUUUGAGGGGGUUAUAAGCACUCUGCCCAACCUCCAACCUGCAGGGCUGGUAUGUUUUCUGUUUAUUUCUGCAAACUGGAUUUAGGGCAUCAGCAACCCGCCCUCGCAUCUCCAGAAUAUGGCAUACACUGUUAAAGUAGCAGUCCUGCAACAGGCAUGCUCUUGGUAGAAGCUUGGUUAGGACAGUCUAUUUGAGAUGGGAGCGGCCAGUCAGAGCAUUUUGAGGGUUAUGUGUAGGAGAUUAUCCCAAAUUCUACCCUGUGGCUGAUCCUAACCCAUUUUACGUGUAGAACAGGAUAACGUUUAAAUCUGUGAAACUUCUAGGCAUUUUCCCAACAAUACUGUCCCAAAUUUCUGCAUAGCCUGCUAAAGCAGUGAUUCGACUGAUAACAGGUGUCAGGGUAUUAAUUUUUUUUCAUAAAAUUAGGUAAAAAAUUAGGAUUUCAUUCAUUUUUUUUUUGCCACAAUAUUUUUUAACAUGUUAACUUUGUGAUCCUGUUCCAUUAUCAUCCUGAUGGCUAUCAAGGAACCAUCAACAGCAGGUAGAUGCAUCACUCCCAAAGGCACAAGCGAAAGGAAGGGCAUUUUAAAGGAAGGCAUAUCAAACAAACCUAAUCUUCCUGGGUCACCGCUAUCAAAAAGUGGAAGUUAUCUGAAUACUCUGGAGAAAUCAAAGUUCCAAAAUGAUGGCUUGGACUUUCACUGCUCGUUUGAAACUGACGGAAGCUCUGAGCAGGAUAUUGACAUUCCCUGCACCCAACCAGUAUCACACGACAAGAUACUUGAAGGUGUUGUUGCAUUCAUUGAGGCACGUUCCAACACUGAAAACAGAUUUGAAGGAAUCUCAAAACAGAUGGAAAUGCUGGGAGCAACAGUGGUCAAGAAAUUCACCCCAGAGGUUACACAUGUGAUCUUUAAGGAUGGCAAAAAGACAACGCGGGAUAAGGCGAUAAAGAAGGGUAUCCACCUGGUGUCAGUACUUUGGGUGGAGAGCUGUCGGCAGAGCGGAAAACAUGUAUCUGAAGACCUUUUCCCAGUUGUUGAACCAGAGCAGGCUGUUACACCACUUAUGGUUGGACGGCUCAAGAGGACAAAAUCCAUGCAGCCUAAAGCUUUUGAGGAGGAUGUUCAAAACAGUGCAGACAGGGGAGACAGAAGGAGAAAACGGAAACUACUAGCCGAGAAUUUAACUCCAACAGCCAUGGUUUUCUGUGCAGAAACUCAAGAUCCAUACAGCCCAAUUGCCGUCAAUCCUCCGCUUACUCCGCAUAUGGUACCAGACACUCCCUGUCAUGAAAUACCUUCUCCUUUAACCAAAACACUUAGUUAUGGUGGAGACUCUCCAAAAGAACCAAUUGAAUCUGACUGCAAAGAAACUGACCAAUCACCAGACAGCAACCAAGAUGUCCCAUCAAGCAUCAAUAAACUGAAAAAAAGGCUCCUGAAGUGCACACCAUCCCGAUUACCCACCCCACCCGCGGAACAAAAGAAGACGCCAGCAGCUCAGAUAAGAAAAACGCCUACGGAUGUACUGCUCACAGGUAAAAGUUUGUCCAGAGGUGGUAAAUCUAGAUCAGUUUUAGGAAAAUUUGAGACAAGAAGCCCCAAUGGUUUGUACAUGUAUGCUUGACUCUGGAUCUGUGCUCUGGGUUACGUGUAGAUCCCUGGUUGGGGUCAUCGUAAUGGGUUCUUGUGCAAGGCAAUAUUAUUCAACCCGGAAUAAGCAAUGGCAGUAGGGACCUCGACGCAGACCUUACUUACCCCUUAACGGCCUUUUUUGGUGUACGUCCUGCGUUUAGAAUCAUCAAAUACAUGUAUUACUUGAUGCCUGCGACUAUUUUUAGCCAGGCGAGUGUAACAUGUCCAAUGUACAUGUAAACUGACAGGAAGCAUCCACAGUUAUGCUAACCUUUCGCUUGUUACUAGUCUCCCAGCGUACAUGUCAUGACAGAUGCAGGGUAAAUUCAACGAGAGUUGUUUCGUAUCUUGUUAUCUAUAAAAAAAACGGUUUUCUCGUUUGCUUUGCUUUAGGAUUACUACGCUAAGUAAUUGGCCCAAAAAAAAAAUGCCGCGCCACUUUGUCAUCCAAUCAGGAGUAAAACCCAAAACUAAUCGUGACGCGUUCGC